AUGAUCGGCGAGUCAGAAGCAUUCGUUAGUUUCGUAUAUUUAACACCUGCGGAAGGCCUUCCGUGUGAAACUGUUGAUCGUUACCCGCAAGCUCAACUGAAGGAAGGAAGCUCCUGCUCUGAAACGUCUGCCUUGUCUAGGAGCGACGCUUCGGCUGAAGUCACGCCCGGUAAGGAGAAUUGGGAAAGCAAGGUGUACGUAAAAUUUUUCGAUGCACUUCGGAAGAUAGCAAAAGUGCAGUGGUUUUCCGUUGAGGCUGGUACAAAAAUGAUGUACUUAUACGAAAUGAUACGCGCCUGGCUCCCAGAGGUGACUAACGUAGUGUGUUAUACAGCCCAUAGUGAUAACUGGGGGAGACAUUUCCCCCUUAUCAAAGAUGUGCUGUCACCUGGGACAGACGUUCCAGAAAGGGUCUUCUGCCAAGAGGUUUUUCUUCCACCGUGCAGAGAUAUGUGGAACUGGGGCAUAGUUAAUGUUGUUGUUAUGCAACCACAUGGUGAUUUUACAACUGGCUAUGUUCCCUUGGUGGUGCAUGGAUUGUUCAUGCGCAGUAGGGAAACAUUGGAGGAACAGAUCAGUCAGAUGUGCUGUACUUCGUCUGCAGAGAUCAGCUACAUGAGGAUGCUGCCCUUGCUUAAUUGUUCGAUUCGUGACGGACUCGUAGAACUGACAUCGUUUUUUCAAGAAAAUGAGGAGGUUGAAGCUCUUUCACAAGUGGCUGUUGUUUACCCGGCGCUUACAACUGGGGAUUUGGUGUGUGCUGAUGUUGAAAGUCGAGUAGGGCAAAGAUACACUAUGCAAGGCAUGAUAAAGCGUUGCCAUCAUAAAAAUGGGAUUGUUUGCUACGAUGUGGAGGACACUGUUCUCGGUUACGUUGCAGAGGGCCUGACAUGUGUCCAAGUUUUACCGCUGUAG